GUUAAAGGUGAGGGACAGACAAAGUGAGAUGAAUAAUCAUGAGCUUUCUUUCUUCUCUUCUCACCUCUUGUUACAGUCUGGAUUUUCCUGCCUGUACACAUCCCUCCUCGCUCUCGCCUAGUUAUUCCACAAGCCUCCACUUUCACUUUUCUUCCUGGAACCAGGGCUCAGUGUGGCCCCCCAGCUCAGAUUAGACCCCCAUGGAUCCACUGCAGAAAUGGGAUCCAAUGUCAAUUUCUGUGCCCUCCCGCAUAGCCACUGUGACGAGCUCCCAAGAGGCCUCAGCAGCCCCUCAGCCUUCCUCUUCAGAAAAGCUAAGCAUGGGCCUCAGCAUCCUCAGUGUCAACCCCAGCCCCAGUUCCAGUGUCCCUGCUCCUCUGUCAGAGCGGCUGUUCCAGCAGCAGGCCCGGGAGAAGGCGGCUCUGUGGCAGCAGUACUGGGAGAAGCAGGGCUUUCCUCAGAGGAAGAAAGUCUUCCUGAGGCACUCGAGACGCUGGCACCGGGAUCACAUGGCCCCUUACCUGCUUGAAAGAGAUGUCAGAGGCUUUCCCUCAGGCAACAAAGCUCAGAAUCAGCUUCAAUGCCAGAGCCACGUGCAGAAUAUUGCUGUGAUGAGUGGGCCGAGGAACGCAGCCCCCAACCCUCCCUCCUGGGAAAUGUUGGUGCAGGGCCUCAAUGGCCUCACUCUCAGCCUGGGAGCCAACAGACCUGUCCCUCUGCCAGAGCGGCCUCGGCAGCAGCAGGAGCCAGAAGACAUGCGCCAGCUGGAGAGGCAGCAGGAAAGCCUGAAGAUGUUCCAGAGGAUGCUCAAGUAGUGGAUUUAAGAAGGCUGAGGUGCUGACCCCCAGAGGAUAGAUAUGAAGAUCCUGCAUUGCUGUCUCAGGGGCAUGGACUGCUCUGAGAUCAAGGCAGUCCAAUGCCACUGAAUAAGUCCCAAUACUUGUGCUGUGAUUGGAAUUGUUGUUGGAAAGAUGUCAACUACCCUGCCUGUCUUUCAGCAUGCCUUUUUGGAUGUGGUGCUACGUGGUGCGUAUACAGAAGAAAACGCUACCAGCAAUCCCCAAAUGCUCGUGAUGUGAUUCAUACACUGAGAGUUUUCAUUGAUUUUUCUUAAGCUCAACACCUCCUUCAACUUCUUGUUAAAAAGAACCAAUACCAUAUGUAUAUGUAUGUUUAUCUAUGUAUAUAUAGAAGACAUACAUCUACACGUCUUCUUGAUGUCAGUUUAUUGAGUGCCCCCACAAGAAAGAUGACUACAUACAUUGGGGUGCAUGUGCUGGGUAGGAGAGAAAGAGAUCCACUUGCAGCUUCCUGAAACUGAAGUCAUGGAAUGCAGGCUUAAGGCAGCUGUCCAAUGUACUAUAGUGGGUAAAACAUCCAAUUGUGUGAGCCUAUAUGGAAGAAGAGAAGUUAUCUUUCUUAACCACACCAAAUGGUGGGUCUCUGGAGGAAUUUCCCAUGCGUUCAGUCAAUUAUGGUCAUAGCAGAAGUCAACAAGGGAUUGCAGAACUCUGUGUCAUCCCCUCCCACUCCUACCUACCCUCUAGCUCUUCAUUUCACUAAUAUAACAAUUUAAAGACACUUGGGUAGAUCAGGGAAGCCAUAGUUUCAUUUAGAUGAGGAGACAAAGAGAUUAGAAGCUCCCAUAUGCCUGCAGGAGCCAGCAUGGACAGUCUAGAGAGUAGAUAAGCACUGCACUGAACAAAGGUUUGGAGGACAUCAUUAUGGCCUCAUAAAUUGGUGAUACAUGGUGAAUGAUUUUAGGGACUUGGGUUACAAGUCCCAUCUUUUCCUGUAAUGGCACUGUGUAUAACUAUGGCCUGAGUAUACACAUAAUAUUGACUGGAGGGCUGUGCAGGUGUCCCUCAAGUGUUCCCUUAGUGGUCAAUGGCCAGCAGUGGAAAGUGCUCUAUUAG